CUGCGAAGACCAUAUCGAUUAUAAAUCGUCGCUGUAACGCGCUGAAUCACUAUUACACGCGUCUUCUAAACGUGAUUAGUUGAUGUAACGUUAAGUGAAUGGCGGGAGAUUAACGUGUUUCCUCAUUGGAUUUGCUUGUGAAGGACCUGUCAGCAAACGUCUUCCUCAUCAUCCUCAGAGUAGAGAAGAUGCUGAGAAAUGCCUCCGCACAGAUACUUAAACAGUUCGUCCGACACAGGACUACAGAUGCAAGUCUGAUCUUGGAGAGAUCUAUUAACCGGGUGCAGCUUCUUGGGCGAGUGGGACAGGACCCCGUCAUGAGGCAGUUGGAGGGCAGAAACCCCGUCACCAUCUUCUCCAUGGCAACAAACGAGAUGUGGCGGUCCGGGGAGGGAGAACCAACAAAUACAGGAGAUGUCAGCCAGAAAACAACAUGGCACAGAAUUUCAGUAUUCAAACCAGGCCUCAGAGACGUGGCGUAUCAGUAUGUAAAGAAAGGGUCUCGGAUUCUUGUGGAAGGAAAGCUUGACUAUGGAGAGUACAUGGAUAAAAACAACGUCCGGCGACAGGCAACAACUAUCAUCGCCGGUCAGAUAAUAUUGAGUUUUUAAGUGAACAU